UUCAGUACAUCACAGGCUUUUCCGUGUGCCACAGUUCACAUGUCUGUGCAGAGCAACUAGGCUAGAGACGUGGUCUGCAGAGAAAGUUGGAGAUACAUUUUGUACAUUAACUUGCUCAAGAAAGAAACAUGUCCUACAGAGCAAGCUUGAAUAGUUCUAAAGGACGCUGGAAAUAUGGCUUGUAGUGCAAGUUAAAGAAAGACUAUAUAUUAUGCAAGGAAGAAACAGGUGACACAGAGCAAGCUGAAGACGUUUUCUAUAGAAUACUCAAGAAACAGUGUUGACUAGCAAGCUUGGGUCAAGGAUUAUCCAAAGUUAUCGUAUUUGAUAUUGUAUCAUUACAGUCCAAAGUUUUCGACAUGUUCUACAAUUUUGAAGCAGAUUGAAUCCUGAAAAUAACGGCGAUGGAUUCUACAAAGAUUGAGCGGAUGUCUGUUGUCAUGUCGACACACAUGGACAGGAAGAUUACAGGGACACAGAAAGAGGUGGAUUUUCAGAGGAGAGCAUGCGUUCUAAAAGAACAUAUAAUCAAUGACCGUUUUUCAGGUUCCGUUUUCCACGUCGGAAGUCGUGGAGAGGGAUUUGAUCUACUGGCAUCAGAUACGGACAUGAUGGUGACGUUACCAAUGGUAACAAUGAUGUACCCUGACCAGUGCACGUGUAUCCCUCCAAAUAUAGCACGCAAUACAAUUCUGUAUAUCAGAGAAGCAGACUGUCGCCCUGGAUAUGUCCACUUACAACUAGGUCAGCUAGGACAGAAAUGUCUCAAUUUAUUGAAGGAUUCAUUUAUAAGAACUGGGGAUUCAACUUUUGUUUCCAGUGAUAUCUUUAGAGAGUCAUGGGUCAGUGAAUCGGGCAAUUUGUCACGUUUCUCAUGGGAAUCCAACGGGCCUAGCAGUACGAUGCUUGGACAAAUUGAUGCCGUUUAUUGCUUUCCAUGUAACUGUUGGCCAAGGGAAGCUAAUGAAUGGAUUACCCGAACACGUCUGUAUGGAUGGCCACAUCAAACCUUAAUAGACCAGAUCGUACACAGUGGAUGUCAACUUGUCCCUGUCGGGGACAAGUGUUCUGUAGAUACUCUCUUACAAUGGAGAUUCUCUUUUGCAACAUCGGAAAUAUCUUUAGUUCACUCGUUCAGUCACAUACAGUUCAAAGUAUAUGCCUUGCUGAAAUGUUUCUUAAAACAAAUAAAAGUCACGUUAAGAGAAACGAUAGGGGAUGACGAUAUCUUGUGUUCCUAUUUUUUGAAAACUAUCCUUUUUCAUGCAAUAGAGAACUCCAGCCAACUGUUCUGGCAGGAAAAACACUUAAUCUAUUGUUUCAGGUUUUGCCUCAACAUUCUGAUUGCUUGGGUCAAGGCGGGGGUCUGUCCUAAUUAUUUCAUUCCAGCCAACAAUCUGUUUCAAAGGAAAGUCCACGGACAAAAUCAAGAAAUACUAUUGGACAUUUUGAACAAUUAUUGGCAGAUGAAAUGGCCGUGCCUUUUAGUUGGAAACUUGAUACUUUUUAAGUUCUACCCCUCCAUAUGGGAAGUUGAAAGUCCCCAAACCGACCAGGAAAUCAUCUUCCGGCAGGAUCUAAAAACUUGCCGCGCGAUACGAGAAAUAGCUUUCUGUCCAAUCAUUGGAACACUAUGGGCCAUAAGGAACGCAAUUAAUUCGUUAUCAAAAACACAGUCAGAUUCUGAUGAAGUUUUCGCGUACCAGUAUACUAUGUUUUGCUUACAAAGAUUACUUGCAGCAGAACAGGCCUCCCAAGAUCACUAUGCUAUGGACAACAAGACAAGGUACAAAGGUUUAAGGAAAUGUAAAAACUGGAUGAUUCAUGGGGCCUCAAUGGGCACAGAGCUGUUACGACUGGCAACUUUUCAUUUUCUGACAGGAAAUUUUAUUAAAAGUCUGAAGGUGUGCGAACAAGUCAUGAAACUCGCAAUAUAUUUCACAAGUUUCCGUAAAGAUCAAGAAAAGAUAGAAGACAUGUUUAGGUUCGAGUAUCAUCGAUCAGGACACACUUUAUCUAGACUGCGGAAAAUAUACACAUACUAUAUUACCUUUACUCGCCGAGACUUGUAUCUUCCUCACCUCUGGCUAGAAUUGACGAAUAACGACGCAGAAUUACAUAUCCCUCCACUGCCGUAUGCCGUUUUUCUGUCAUUCCUGUGCUGUCAUGAGCUUGGUGAUACCAGAGGACGUGAUACAUCAUUACGUAACAUGGAAGAGGUUCAGUAUGAAGAGAGGCAAGGAGGACACAUAUACUGGAUAGUUCACACUCUCCUGGGCAUCUGCUACGAAAUUCUCGGGGACUCUCGAAGGGCCAUCAGAGCUUACUGGAAUUCUGCUCAGUCAACUACUAUUUUCUUAACAGUCUCGAAGAAUCCUGCUAUCCAGAGGAUAGCUAGUGUGUAUCUUUGUAUGUAUGCCUCAAAGAAAGACAACAGAGGAUAAAUAAGAAUGAGGUGUAUUGACAUACGUUUGACUCCAGGAGGACUGACAGAGGUUAGCUGUAAUAUAUAUAUACAUUAUGUAUGCGUAGGCCUCACAGAGGAUAGAUGUAAUGUAUAUAUAUG